AUGACGGCUCCACAGCGCAGCCAGGACCCCGAGAGCCUCCUCCCCGCCGGCUCCCGACGCGCCUGCCCCUGUCGGAGCCUGGACUGGUGCCUGCUGCUGGGGCUGUGCGCCCUGGGCGCAGCGUUGCUGGCGCUCGCCUUGUUCUCGGCCUGGAGGGUCCUGCCCCGGCCGCUGGAGACCCCGGAGCCUCCCCUAGCCUCGCCCAGAAUGAGAAAGGAGGCUGGUGCCCAGAUGAUGCCCACAAGCGCUGUAAUCAAGGACAGAGUAAUGGAGUUCGAUCAUCUCCAGGGUAUUGAUGGAGUGGUUUUCAACUCCCACUUCAACUACCACGACAUUUCGCACGCGCUGGAGGUGAAGGUCGGCGGCCUCUAUUUUAUCUACGCCCAGCUUGCCGUCAAAUGCAUUGGUGAUAAGUUAUCUUGCAGCAAGCCGCAAACAGUCAAACUGAUCAUCUACCAGCUGUCCAGGGACACCCGCAGCCCUGUUCUGACCAUCUCCCUGCACUUGUCCUCCAAUUCGGAAGAGACCAUGUCCAAGUUCUCGGCGGUUCUGCGACCUCUGAAAAAAGGCGACUCACUCUGUGUGAAGAUGGACACUAAUAACACAGACAUCGAGAACUGGCAGCUGGACCAAACCGACAAAAAAGACAACUUCUUUGGCCUCUUUAAGCUACCUAGUUCUGCUGAGUCAGCGGACCAGUAGGCGGGAGCAAGGACCUCAGCGGUGGGAGUGGCAGUCAGUAUAUCGCCUUCGGUUCUCUCGGACUCUCUGCUAGAGGUUGUGGAGGGUAGAUUCCACCUAGCAAAAUUCCCAGGGUAACAACCAGCAGCAGACACUGGGAAAACACGGUGUGUUGCUAGCUCUGGCAGGGCACCGUUGCUUUGAGUGGCGACAGCUGGUUUCCAUUCGAAGCAGGCCUGAAAGGGAAGGAACACGCUGUGAGGCGCGCUCGCCACACUGAAGAACCGGCGUGGGUCUGGUUUUAGCGAUCAGUGAUAUUUAUUAUGAUGUGUUUCUUUAGCAUUCUGUAAUUUAUUGUAAGCAACUGGGAGAUUGAAUGAACGGUGCUGCUUUUUUUUUUAUUUGUGUGUGGGGGUUGCUUUAAAUGUUGACAUGGACAGAUAUAUUUCCAUUGGGGCACACAGCAACCUUAAUACUGAUGUAGUAAUUCCCGUGACGGUCAGCAUUAUGAUUAUCCGAUCAUUGCUUCACGUGGUAUUAUGCCAUCCCUUUGGUCUUAUGGUGCUAGUGUAUGGUGCUGAUCAGUAUGGUUUAGCCAUUGCCCACUGCUGGCUGGCAUUGUAACUGCUCAGUCAUGUGUCAUAGGCCCUAUAUUGCUGAAAGCUACUGGAGAUUCUCUUUUAGUAGAAGUAGAUUGAGGCCUGUUCUUCUGGAGUAGAAAGGUCUGAGAUCUGUCUGAGCUUGUCACCAUGAAGCCCUAAGAGGCGACAGAUUUGUUACAAGAGGGUGUUUGCCUAUUUUGCAUUCUGUGAUUAUGUAUCUUAAAGUAGAGAGUGUUAGCAUCUGUGUGGCCCCUCCCCCCCCAAAUUAAGUACUAAAAAUACACCUAUGAAAAUGCGUCUGUUUGAAACUUAAUUGGAAAGAGUCCAUUUAGAAUUUAAGCAGCCUUCUGCCAUGCUCCUAAAAUUGGGUCUUAUUCACUAGCACAGUGUCUCGUCAAUUUCCAUUUCCUGGUUGUGGUGUUAGCUCAGGGUGGAAAUUGACUAGCUGGUUUCCACUGUACAAUCUGAGUGACGUGUAAACAGCGUAAAUGGGAUUAUUAAAAAAUGCAUUUAAUCCCUAAUAGUCACUUGGUCGGGGGUCGCAACAGCUUUCACAGGAGGCUUCUUGAGUUAUUUAAGAAGAUUGUGAUUAUUUUUAAAGCAAUUUAGAGAUGCUUAAAUUAGCAGAUACAACAGUUGCCAGGUUUCAUGACUUUAUCAUGAGUCUUAGGAUAUUUAGUCCUUUUCUUAAAGCCCCAGGCUCUGGUGUCAUGUGAAUGCAUCAACGUCUCAGGAAUCGUUUUAACAAAAAUCAAUCCUAGCUCUAGUUUGUGGAGAAAUGCUGGAAAAAGUGGCCCCCUGAAGUGCAAAAUCCAGAAAGCAAAAGAAAUCCCAAUUUUAUUUAUAUCCUUUUAAAAUCUCCUGAUUUUUUUUCAGCCAAGCUCACGAUUUUUGUGCAGCCUGACUUGUGAUAUUUUGAAUGCUUGGGACUGGUAACCCCUGCACAGAGAACUACAAUCAUGCCAAUAACUUGACUUGAAACGGCACUUAUCAAAGGCUCGGGUCUAUCACUGCAAUAGCAUUACUCAGAGUAAGAUACUAUUCUGCACGCAGAAAGUGAGCAGUGCUGGCUCCUAAGUUAUUGGGGCCCUGAUCUUUUUAUUAAAGGAGAUGAGACUGCAGCUCACCUUGACUUCAGCUGGAGUUGGAGGGACUUUGCACUUCUGGAAUAAAGACUUCCAUAGCUCAAUGCUGUUCUCUUGCACUCAUGCUCUUCAGAACCCCUUAGGUAAAGCAACAGUGGUUCCAGACCUGUGUGGUUUUAAUACAUUGUCUGUGAAAGCUUGUCUGACAUUCAGAUGUAUGCAUUUUCUUCCUCCAUACUGGGGUAUAUUUAAUAUAUGACUAUACAGUUUAAGUAUUUAUUAGCAAUACAUUUUUAUUUCCAACCAGUGGAUUAACCCACAAGAACUAAGGUAAACUCAGUCAUGAGUGAGUUUAGAGGAGUUGUUUCUUAACCUUUCCCAUCCUUUACAAAACGCAUCUAGAGAUUCCCUUUCCUCUCAUCUUAAAAAGUGCGAAAAGAUGUAACCCCAUAGGCAGAGAACCUCUGAUUUUAGGACACUUGUUCUCUGGUGGCUGGAAAUACUUGUUCUCAUUUAUUUAAAUAAGGCCUGAACCAUGUGCAUGGGAACAGCUAAGACUCAGGUGUAUUAUUGUCAUAUAUGCUCUAACUUGUUUUGUAAAAACACUUCUGGAAUAUAUAUACUAUAUAUUUAGUAUGCACUUUAAAUUGCUUAUUUAUUUUGA